CCUCUUUAAAAAGUACAGGUUUGGCGAACCGGGACGUGUUCCUGGCGGGCGGCGUCUCGUCUUCUUGUUGCCGGUUCGUCUCUUAUUCCCGGGACGUCCGGGCCCAGCAUCAUGACGUCUGCCUUGGAGAAUUACAUCAACCGAACUGUUGCUGUUAUCACGUCUGAUGGGAGAAUGAUUGUGGGAACAUUAAAAGGUUUUGACCAGACCAUUAAUUUGAUUUUGGACGAAAGCCAUGAGAGGGUGUUCAGUUCUUUGCAAGGAGUCGAACAAGUCGUAUUAGGAUUAUACAUUGUGAGAGGUGACAGCGUAGCGGUCAUUGGAGAAAUUGACGAGGAGACGGACUCUGCGCUUGACUUGGGGAACAUCCGAGCAGAACCUCUGAACUCCGUCGCACACCGAAGACUCAGAGUGCUUAGAUGUCUGUAAAUCCUGUAUAGAAACUGCUUGUCCUGAAGAUGAUGUGGAGAUUUUUUUAUGAAUGUGUAAUUGUGGAUUUUGACCUUGUGUUGGUUCACUGUAAUAUGUAAAUUUAAAUAUUUCUACAUUUUUAUUGGGAAACAUUGCCUAAAUUAAUAAAUGUGGUUGCCUGGUUUAUUUUUCUACUAAAUGAUAUAAAACUCUAAGGAUCAUUUUGAAAACUUAGCAAAUACCAUUGCUUUUGGUAAUUUAAUAUUUAUAGAAAAUUGGCUGUAAAGAGUACUUGGGCUAUUAUUAUAACUUAUACAUGCAAAUAAUAGUAAUAAAAGAGUCACAUUUCCUACCUUUUUUUAAAAGAAAAUAACUAGACAGUAAAUUGUCUUCUACAAGUACCUGAGUCAUACCUGAGAUGUUUAUCCCACUGCUCUGUAGAUCUACGGUGGUUGAAAAACUCGAUCCUAAGGUCUAAGCGACGUGAAUAUACAGUUUGGUUGAGUAAUGAAAAACUUGCAAGCUUAAGUUGCAACGAAAAUGAAUAGGAGUGACCAGGAGGAUGUCGAUAAAUCUUUAGAUGCCCAGUAAGGUCCCAGAAUUCAGUAUCUGAAAACAGAUUCUGCGUAUCUUAAAUACUGUUGUGCUGCUAAA